AUGAGAGCACUCGUCAACCAGUGGCGGAGCGUUGUCUAUGAGCAGCUCUACGAGCUUACAGAGCAGACCGUGCACGACACCUUGCUGUUCUUUGACACACUAGCCUCUCAAGCUGGAAUAGGCAAUUUAGUGGAUAAUGUCCAGGUAGUGGUCGUUUGCAGCUCUACUCUCAGUUUUCCCAAGUACACAACCAAAAUAGACAGACAAAUUUUACACAACACCGUUCCAUAUCCUCGGAACACAGCACAAGCCGAUCAGCCUAUUAAGCCUGGCAUGUCUGAUAGUUCCAUUCUUCUCACGGCUUCGUCGGGAAACACACACCAGCUGACCAGUAGAAGCUCACUGGGGAGCUCGCUUGGAAGUAUCACUCUUCUACAGUCGGAUACGUCUUACCAGGAACAAUACGUUUCGCUGCUGAACUGCGUCCUUCCAUAUAUUGCGUCUAAUUCAGCAUACAUCAUCAGCAUGGCCAUUGCCAUUGUUGCCCGGCUGGCCAUGCAUGUGACACAAGAGCAGGUGUUGGACGUGCUGACUAAUUUGGCUAACGCAUUAGAAAUAUUCAUUAGCAUUGGUGAUAACUGUCUCCUGCCUGCGUGCAUAGCCGUACUUGCAAUCGAAAACUUAUGCUGUGGAGCUAUUGAACCAGGGGACGGUCUUCAUGCGGGAAGUGUUCUCUCCUUGCGCGCUCUCUUGCAAGGUUUGCGGGCAUCGGUAAAACUGUCAGUGCUACUGGACGCAGAUAAUAAUGGCCAUCAAUUUUUUUCUGAAAAUCCAAUUGUAGAUGACAGAUUGACAGGGCUUAUUUUUUGUCAGCGGCUGUUGAGUAGUGCCAUCUCUCGUUUAAUAAGAUCACCACAGAUAGGGCCUCUUCCAAGGAUAAGCGACGUCAAUCUUCUAUCUGCUAUUGCGAGCGAGAUCUAUUCCGUAUUCUCCCUCGUACAGCCCUUGGCAUGUGGGACAGACAAGAAGCGGCAAAAGUUUUGCGACGAGCUGGCUGUCACAAACAUUAUUCAGGCAUGCAGGUGCAACACCAUUGUGCAACUCUUUUUGCGGGUGCCCAGCUACUUAUCUGCAACCCUUGGGUUGAUGACGUCUCUAUUGCUGUCAUCUUCUUCGGUGCGUUCUGCUCGUGUUGCUAACUCGUGUAGGGGGUUUCUCACACUAGUUCUUCUUAGUGAUAUCUUUCUCUCUCUAGGACAAAUCACAGAUCAAGAUGUUCAGUUAGUAAUCGCAUCUCUCAGAGCAGAGCUUACUGACGAAGCAAAAGCAACACUCAAGAGCGUCGUGGAAAGCGGGUAUCAGACGUAUCUUGGCAAUUGCGGGAUUCCUCUGCGCUCAGCUCGGCCGCUCAAUAUAAAAGCUUUUGGAUGA